CUCAGGAGUAAAAAUCUCUCUUUCACAGACCAAAACGCAGUUGUUUUGUUGACUCUUUCAAAUUAGGUUUUCAAUCAAAGCUUCAACUCAACUAAAUCGCCGCUUUCAACAGAAUGAGGUCUAUCUUUUGUGGGAACUUUGAGUAUGAUGCAAGGCAGACUGAGCUAGAACGGCUAUUCAAACGAUAUGGGAGAGUUGAACGGGUGGAUAUGAAAGCUGGAUUGUCUUGGGAAAUAUAUACUCUUCCCGGCUUAUGGAUGGCUGUUCAGAAUUCUGUUCCUUUCCUGUGACAAGCAUCUUCUUGUUUUCAAGAAGAAUUACUCUCAUCCGCAAUGGCAGAACCAUGCCAAUUUUUCUGAGACACCAUUGCCUUUCAUUUCUCAUGACUUUUGCCCAGCCUUCAAUCCCAGACAUGUUUCAAUAUUGAAACAUUGUCGACCUCACAGCAGAGGCAGCAGAAUAGAUGGAGAAGGCUCUCUAUUUUCAUUGACCCACCAUGAGACAUCCACAUUUGGAUUCUAGUUCCUUGACAUCAUUUAGUUCAUCUCGCACAAGGAUUUGCUUUUAUUUAUAUGGAAGAUGAGAGAGAUGCUGAGGAUGCAAUUCGAGGACUUGAUCGUGUAGAAUUUGGUCGCAAGGGCCGCAGACUUCAUGUUGAAUGGACAAAGCAAGAACGUGGGGCUAGACAGCCUGGUGGCUCAUCAAGAAAAUCUGCUAACACAAGGCCAUCUAAGACUUUAUUUGUUAUCAACUUUGACCCUCAUCAUACUAGGACUAAGGAUUUGGAGAGGCACUUUGAGCCAUAUGGGAGGAUAGUGAGUGUAAGGAUAAGAAGAAAUUUUGCAUUUGUUCAGUAUGAAGCACAGGAGGAUGCCACUAAAGCACUGGAUGCAACAAACAUGAGCAAGCUGCUGUAUCGAGUUAUUUCAGUGGAAUAUGCUGCUCGAGAUGAUGGUGAAAGGAAGGAUGGACACAGUCCUGAUAGAAGUCGUGAUAGGUCACCUGAUAGGCGAGGACAUGAUAGGAGGCGUUCUCCAAGUCCUUACCGAAGAGAAAGGGGAAGCACUGAUUAUGGCCAUGGCCCUAGUCCUUAUCGCAAAGAGAGGGUUAGCCCAGAUUCUGGAUGUCGCCGCAGCCCUAGCCCCUAUAGGAGAGAUAGGGCUAGCCCUGACUAUGGCCGGGGUUCAACUCGUAGUCCUUCCAGGAGAGAGAGGGCUGGCAGUGACCAUGGCCAUGGCCCCAGCCGUGGUCCUUACCGCAAGGACAAGGCUAGUCCUGUCAAUGGUAAUGGCCCUAGUGAUAGUCCUUAUCAAAGGGAAGAAAAGCUUAGCCCUGAAAAUGGUCGUGUCCCGAGCCGUAGUCCAUAUGGAAGAGAAAGGCCUAACCCAGACAAAGGCCGUACCUCCAGCCAUAGUCCCUCUGAAAGAGAUGGGUCUAGCCCUGAAAAUGGUCAAUGGAGAAGCCCAAGCUCCAAUCCUGACAAGAGGGACAGUGCAAUUGGAAGAGUUGAAAGCCCUAGACAUGAGAGAUACCACAGUCAAUCACCAGCAGCAGAUGAAUGAUUCAAACUCGUUCGGCUCAUAUUGGUUUGUCAUUUGGAUGGGAGCUGGGCUGACAGUCUCAGUAUAUGCCUCACCUUUUCCAUCAUAAGUCAGAACUAACUAUCACAAGUACUAGAUUGCAAGUUAUGCCCCCAUCUUGUUAUGUAGGAUCUAGUUUGUGCCAGUUUGUAGUCUUGUGCUUUCAAUUUCUAUGCAAAAACUUAAGUGGAUUCUGUUGGUUUUGAACUUAAUAGAAACUUUUAUGUCAAACAUGUUACUUAUAUGUCACCUCGAUUGCUCAUUUGCUUU